CACGCUUAGAAGCUUGCCGACGCGAGCUUGAGUUAGUAUUACUUGUGGAUUUCGUGCAGCAAGCAAGCCUCGCAAAGUUCCUCAUCAUGUUAUUUAUGUGCCACCAGAUGGCGCUGGAGCAAGAAUCCAAGGCAAAGGAGAAAGCAAACACGUCCGCUCCAACAUCCGGCGGCAGCUCACCGGCGGUGCAGGUACCGAACGCUGGUGGCAGCUCGGUUGGCCACAUGCGCGACGCGAACGUUCCGAUUAUUUGGGUUCUGGGUGGACCCGGCUGCGGCAAGGGUACGCAGUGUGAGAAGAUUGUGGCGAAGUACAACUUCUCGCACUUUAGUACUGGUGAUCUGUUGCGCGAUGAGGUCGCAUCCGGUUCGGAGAAGGGCAAGGAGCUGCAGGAUAUGAUGAAGCAGGGUAUUCUGGUGCCGAAUGAGACCGUGCUGAAGCUGCUGGAGGCGGCCAUGGUAAAGGCACUGAAUGGUACCGUUGGAUAUCUGAUUGAUGGCUAUCCACGUGAACCUGCCCAGGGACCAGAGUUCGAGAAGUUUAUCGCUCCGGUAGACAUCAUCCUGUACUUCGAGUGCUCGAACGAAACGUUGGUAGCACGUAUCAUGAAGCGAGCAGCCGAGUCGGCCACCGUUCGUGCGGAUGAUAACGAGGACACUCUAAAGACUCGCAUUGCCACUUUCCGCGAGAACACGGAAAAGAUUCUGGUUCAGUAUCCAACGCAGCUGAGAAGGAUUAAUGCCGAACGCGCUCCGGAAGAAAUCUUUGCCGAUGUGGAGAAAGCCAUCGAUGAACUGCUAGUCCUAAAGGGCAAGAAGUAAAGCAGC